CCCCCUCAGACAUAUAUGCUCAAUGCUCAGCCACACUCUUUGUCAUUCACUAUCAACACUCACUAUCUCAGUGCCUUUCUCUCUGUGACAGAAACAGAAACUCGCACAGAGGCACUGAACAAACACUCUCCUUUAUCCACCAGCCAGUCGCUGACCAGCUCUCUGCCUGGGAAAGUCUUCCUCAAGAUGGACAAUAAGUCAGAUGUAAAGGCCAUCAUGGCUCGCUUCCAAGCAGGUGGGGGAAGCACUGACGAGACUUCCUCUGCGCCCCCUGGACGUAUCAAACAACCCUUGCACCCGACCCUCUCCUCUGGCCCACCUUUACAGAAGAAACCAGUCUUGGAAAGCCUCUCUGGCAGUGCAGUAAAUACGCCUCCAAAACCAAGUUUCCUAAAAAACACAGUAUCUACUAAAAGUGACACAGAGGUACAAGAGCCAAAUAAAGCUAAAGCCUUGGCAAGCAGAUUUGCCAACAUCCAGGAUGAUAGCAACACAAACAGCAAACCCUUUACUGUUAAUAAACAGCAGACACCCUUGAAAUCACCCUUAUCACAGGCUCCUGAAGUUAAAAGCCUGGCACAGAAGCCUCCAUUCAACAAACCUCCUCUUACCUCCACCCUGUCUGAGUCCAAACCUGCCUUUCCUAAACCUUCACCAGCAAUCAGCAACAAGCCCAGCUGGGUUAAAGACGAAAACAAUGCAGCACCAAACAGCAGUCCUGCGCCACUUAAAUUGCCUGGUGUGCAACAAAAACCGAUUGGCGGCAUUGUAAAAUUACGGCAGCAAGCUGAGGAACAGGCAGGAGGGAACAAAGACAAUGUGAUCAAACCUUCAUCGCUGGCCAACUCAAAGCCCACCUCAAACUUCAGGACUGCUCAGAAUCUGUUCAACAAGGAGGAAAAGACUGAGCAGACAGAGAGUGGUGGGACCAGCAAACCUAGCCUUACAGCUACUAACUCAAUUUCUCCUCCAAAACCUCCAGCCAGUAAGAAGCCCAGUUUUAAGAAGCCAGUCAAGCCCUCUCCUCUGGCCAGCGGUGGUGUUAACGGAAAUGAUUCAUCAGGCCCAAAGCGUAACCCUCUCCCCAACAGCUUGGCUCUGGGUCCUCCUCCUGCUAAACCUAACCGACCUCCAAAAGUCAACCUGGAGAAUAUUAAAAGAGGCCCAGAGGCCUCUGACGAGGGUCCUAGUUUUAAGAAACCCAUCGCUGCGAGCAACCAUGUGGCCCAGAAUCAAGCCCCACCACCUGCACUGCCAAAUCUGCCCCCACGACAUCCUGGAGCCAUGAACCAGCAAGAAGACACUUACGACGAUGUCGAUCACGUGACCAAUUCUCCCCCGCCUCUACCACCAUCUGCAGCCCACCCAAGCCAGAGAGGAAAGGAGGAAAUUAAUAACGACGAUGAUGAUGAUGGAGAGAUGUAUGAAGAUCUUGAUGAACGAUGGGACAUCAUUCGAGUCCAGGGAAACCCCGAGGGUAAAUGGUUGGGAAGAGCACAGGAUGGAUCCAUUGGCUACGUGAAGACGACUUCAGUAGAAAUUGACUUUAACUCCUUGAAGAAUCAAGGAGCCUCACUUCAGCAGGCUUACGACCCCGAGGUCUACGAUGACAUCGAUGUAGUUGAUAACAGGUACGGGAUUGUAAAAGGGCCCGGGGUUGUCCUACCACCUCUACCAGGAGGAGAAGAAGGAGAAAUAUAUGAUGAUGUUGUUGAUCCAAACUUAGAAGUCAGUCCCUUCGAUCCCAGGUCUUCUUUGAAGCCCCGCAGCUUCCUGCGGAUGUUUGACCGAAACAGACGCCCUGCCAGCUCUAAAGUAGUUCCUCCACCCAGCCAGUUUACAGCUGAUGGGAAUUCAGAUAAGCCGGGUCAAGCAAUUGAUGAGGAAAUAUAUGAUGACGUCGACUCUCAAAAUGCACCUAUCCCACCUCCCAUCAGCAGUAUUCCACCUGGGAAAAUCAAAAGCAAAGUUGAAGAAAUGGACCCUAAGAAGCAGAAAAAGUUUGAGAAGGAGGAGAAGGAAUUCAGGAAGAAGUUUAAGUAUGAAGGAGAAAUACAGGUGCUGUACCAGGUGAAUGUCAUCCACAAUCUUACGAAUAAAAAAUGGAGUGGCAAAGAGCUGCCAGUAAAAGCAGGAGAGGCCCUUGAUGUGAUUGCUAAAGCUGUGGAUAACAAACUGAUCUGUCGAAAUGAAGACGGCAAGUUUGGUUAUGUAUCGACCAGCCACAUUGCUAUGGACGAUGGAGAUAUCUAUGAUGAUAUUGGAGACGAGUGCAUCUACGACAACGAUUAAGGAAUAUCCUGCACCAGCUUUUUUGUUUUAUAUUGCUUAUUUGCAUGUUUUGUUAUUUAUUAUGUUUACUGUUGCUAUACACUGGGAGUUGGUAUAAAAUGGCCAUUUGGUGUCAAUCUAUUUUUUUUUAUAUCAUCGAAAUUAGACAGAAAAAAAAUGUGUGGUUGGUGGCUCCAACUGCUGGAGCCAGGCUAGCCACAUACAAUCUCAUACUUUAACCCCCACCCCCCAAAAAGCUCUAAAUCAAACUAUGUGUCAAAUAUUUGUUCAAACAACAGUAUUUUAAUAUAUUUCUCUGUCUGUUUUCUUCAUUUCUUCCUUGUUUGGGCUUUAAUUUAUAAAUUUGCUUCAAAGAUUUUGCAAAAAUUUAAGAAUAUUUGCAGUAUACAGCUAAUAAAAAGAUUGUACUUUUUUUUGUCAUUUCAGCGGAUGAUGUACUGUUUGUAUAUUCCUUUCUAUAAGGCCAAUUCAAACAUUUUUCUUUGUCUAACUAAAGAUUUAGACAAAUGUAAUUUUGUGCCAAAGUACUUUUGAUGCACUGUAUAUAAAGUUAAGAAGAACUUCCUGUA